AUGAAUGGGUUGAUAGGGGAUGGAGAAUAUUUUCAUAUGAGGUGUUCUGCUCAUAUUUUGAACUUCGUGGUAAAUGAGGGUUUGAAAGAGAAACAUUUCUCUAUAACUAGUCUUAGGGAUGUUGUUAGAUUUAUCAAGUUAUCAUCUCAUAGAGCAACCAAGUUUAAAGAAUGCAUUGAAUUUGCUGGAAUAACUUGUAAAAAAUUAGUAUGUCUCAAUGUUUCGACUCGUUGGAAUGCGACAUAUUUAAUGCUAGAGGUUGCGGAGAAGUUUGAACUCACGUUUGAAAAACUUGAGGAUGAAGAGUCUAGCUAUAGGGAGUUCUUUGGAAAAGGUAACCCACCUAGUAGUGAUGAUUGGGACAUUGUUAGGGCUUUUUCCGGUUUUCUACAAGCUAAUAUGAACUUAAAUUAUGUUUUUGCAAGUGUGGGUGGAGAGAUGAUGGAAAAGUAUAAUAAGUAUUGGGGUGGCGGUGAUAAGAUGAACAAAAUGAUAUAUUUUGGUAUUAUUCUUGAUCCAAGAUACAAGCUAAGGUUUAUUGAGUGCACUGUUAAGGAUAUGUAUGGAGUUGAAUCCAAGUUUGAUAGUGACUUGGUCAAAUCUAUACAAGAGAGUUUACAAAAGUUGUAUGAUUGGUAUAAGCAAGCUUAUGACCAAAAACAAAAUUCUGGACAGCCUCUUGGUAGUGGUGGACAAGCAUCCAAUUCUGAAACAAAUGUUGCUGUUGCAUGUUCUUCAAUAAUGGCUAGAGCCUAUGCUUUUGAGCAACAUUUAGAGGAACAAGACUCGAUUGAUAAAGAAAAUGAGCUUGAGGGUUAUGAUUCUACCAAGUGUGUAAAAAAGGAUCCAGAUUUUGACAUUCUUUUAUGGUGGAAACGCAAUUCAGCUAAAUAUCCUAUUUUAUCUACAAUGGCUAAAGAUAUUUUAGCCAUACCGGUGUCUAUUGCUGCUUCUGAAAGUGCUUUCAGCAUAGGAGGAAGAGUCAUAGAAACCUACAUGACCUCUCUAACAACUGAAAUGGCAGGGGCAUUAAUUUGCACCCAGAAUUGGUUAAGGCCUUCUAUUACAUAUUUCAAAGACAUGAACCUCAUGGAAGAUUUUGAGCAAUUAUCUUUUUUUAUAAUAAACCUUUAA